AUGGCAAGUAAGAAGAAAGAAAUUCAGUUACAGACAAUAAUACUCAAUCAAACACAAUGGGAUGAGAUGCUGCUGAAUAAAGGUCUAACAGUGGUAGAUGUUUAUCAGGCAUGGUGUGGACCUUGCAAAGCUGUAGUAAACUUGUUCAGGAAGCUAAAAAAUGAAUAUGGUGAAGAUAAUCUUCUACAUUUUGCUGUGGCAGAUGCUGAUAGUGUGGUGACCCUGCUUCCAUUUAAAGAGAAAUGUGAACCUGCUUUUGUCUUCUGUCUGGAUGGCAAGAUGAUAGAUAUUGUAAGAGGAGUAAAUGGACCUCUUCUAAAUAGAAAAGUCAUAGAACUAAUUGAACUAGAAAGAAAAAUUGUGGCAGGAGAAGUGCAAAGGCCAGAGAUGCCAGAGCUCAUGUUUAUAGAAGAGAAAGAAUCAGAAGAAGAAGCUGAAGAAGAAGCAGCUGAAGAGGAGGAAAAAUAUAUGGUUGUCGUUAUAAAACCUGAUGCUGUUGCUGAAGGAAAAGUUGAAGAACUUAAGGAAAUGAUUAUUGAAGCAGGCUCUGUCAUUCUUGCAGAAGAAUUGAAGAUGUUAACUGAUGAACAAGUUAGGGAUUUUUAUCAAAACAAAUCAGAAGAGCCUGAUUUUGAAGACUUUGUUUCAUAUAUGCUAUCUGCACCCAGCUAUGUUCUGAUCGUAUCUGAAAGAAAGCAUGGCCAGGAUACUAUGCCUUUUUUACAUGAACUGGAAGCAGUGGAAGAGGACAAGGAGGAGGAGGAAGAAGAGGAGGAAGAAGAAAUGAUAGAGCAAGAAGAACUUUUAUCUGAAGCAUGCAGAAAACACUCUGUGAGACCUGCAGCUGGCUUGAAAGAGCUGUUGGAAAACCAAAACAUGUUACAUCUCUGUGAUAUUCAGGAUACUGUUGAAGAAAGAAGCAGGCAACUUGCCUUCUUUUUCCCUGAUUUUUCCAAAGCAAAGAAAGAACCAGUUAUUGAACGAACACUGGCAUUGAUCAGACCUUCCCUUUUAAAAGAAAGAAGAGAAUCUAUUCUGAAAAGAAUUGAGGAAUAUGGCUUUGAAAUAGCAAUGGAAAAGGAAAUAACCCUAUCAGAAGAACAAGCACGUGAAUUCUACAAGGAACAUGAAAAACAAGAUUAUUUUCCAUUUCUUUUGGAUCAAAUGACCAGUGGGCCGACUCUUGCUCUUGCUUUGAUACAAGACCACGCAGUCCAAAAAUGGAGGGAUUUACUGGGCCCAAAGGUAAUCCAAGAAGCAAAGGACCAAUGCCCCAAAUGUUUACGUGCUGAGUUUGCAAUGCCUGAUAUACCAAUCAAUCAGCUGCAUGGCAGCUCAAACCCAGAUGCUGCUGCAAAGGAAUUACAAUUCUUCUUUCCUGUAGAAAACACUAUGGCUCUCAUUAAACCCUCUGCUUUUGAGGAACACAAAGAUGAAAUUAUAAAUGAAGCAAAAAAUGCUGGAUUUCUAAUCUCAGAAUUGAGAGAAGCACACAUAAGUCCUGAGGUAGCAGCACAAUUUUAUCAAGAUCAUGAAGAUAAACCAUAUUACAAUCAACUAGUGGAUUAUAUGUCUAAAGGCCCAUCAAUGGUCAUGAUUCUAACUAAAGAAAAUGCCGUACAGGAAUGGCGACAAUUAAUGGGACCAACAGAUCCAGAAAAAGCAAAAGAAACUCAUCCCAAUUCACUACGUGCUAAAUUCGCAACAGAUGUUAUGCACAAUGCUGUUCAUGGGUCCUCAAAUCAGGAACAUGCUGAAAGAACCAUUAAGUUUAUCUAUGGAGAUAUUGAUUUAGAGAGCCUAAAACACAAAUAUGUUUAUGUGUAA